AUGGCUUCCUCCGAUCGCAGCUGCAAGUGGCCCUUUGCCCACUGGUGGGAGGGUUACGUGGAAGAUAAGCGCGAGUCCACCACCACCACCAAGUCAAAGGCCGAGAAAUACAUCAUCGAGCAAGGCCCAGCCGUCAGAUUCGACUGCCCUAGCCUUGUCUAUGUCCUCCCUUUCCUCUCGGGCUACUUAUGCUUCUCUGUGUAUCUCGCGCAUCCGCUCUAUGUCCUCCUGGGCGGCAGCUCAACUGUAGGCUUCGUGGCAUUUUGCGCGUUGCUAGCCACGUUAGGCACGGCCAUAAAGGCGUCGAUGGCGAGUAAGAUGCCGCGGACGAUAGUGCUCGUGAGCGUACUGGCCAUGAUUCUCGAGUGGGCCACAAGUGCGAACAGUAGCUGGUGGCUCGGGUGUCUUUGUUGGCUGGUGACUAGCAGCACUUGGCUCAUUCUGUGGGGAGUUGGGGCUGGGUUGGCGAAGACGGAGGAAUGGGACGAGAGCAAAGAUCGCACUCCUCGCCCUUUCCGCGGCUCAUAUAACAAGGACUUCCUGGCUGGCAUCUUCGCCUACAGCGCAUUUUUCAUGCUGGCUGAAUUCGUUGCCUUCCUAGGCCUUCUAACAUUUGCUGCCUGCGCGCAGGCGCUAUGGCAAGAGCAUUUUCCGUCGUGGUUCUCCAGCUUGCUCGACUACUGUUUUUCGACCGAAAAUGCCAGUCUCCUGUUUAUUGUUUUUGUGCUCGGCCCGCUUGCCUGGCAGGUGUUCAUAUUCACGCUCUGCAACCGGUAUCUUUUGACGAGAGAUGAGAUCCGCAGAGCUAUUGCAGAUGCGGAAGCUGUUGAUAGGGCUGUGGACAUGGAGGCUGGGUCUGGGCAGAAUGAGGUUGAGCCUAGGCAGGAAGAGCCUAGAUCUAGGCAGAAUGAAGAUGAACUUAGCCAGCAGACUACGGGUGAGUCUGAGCACGGCAAGACUUCGCCUCGGCCAGAAGACACCGAGCUUAAGCAAGAUAAGGCUCAGUUUACGCAGGCUGAGAUUGAGUCUGAGGGGGACGGAGCUGAUUGGGUCGCGGUCUCGGACCUGAAGUGACAAAUCAGUUAGCGGUUGAGGGGAAAAUGGUGUUGUGUGCAUUUCGAGGGUCGUUCAUGUCAUGAUGCUUUGAAAUGGUUAAAG